AUGUUAUUCAAAUCUUUACUUUCAUUAUCAAACAAAAAUUCAUCAUCAUUAUCAAGUUCAAUUGAAUCUAAUAAUAUAAAUUCAAUUAGUACUACAAAUAAUUCUAUUACAAUGAAGAGUCCAACUGCCUUUUUCACAAGACCAAAUUUUGUAAAUUAUUAA